AUGGCUUGGGGCCUAAAGCAGGAAGUAACGGUGGUUGGGUCAGAGGAUUCCGGAGGCGACACAGUUUCGCCAACCUCGCGUAUUUCGCGCCUGCACGAAUGGUGUCAACCGUUAAGAUUUGACCAAGUGGUCUCCCAACAGACUCUCAAAUCAAUCGAUAAAGCUUCACGAAAAACUGCGGGAGUUCAAGUGGAAUCUCGAUUAGCACCAGCGAAUUGGCCAAGGGGGAAUGGGGGGAACCGUCAAGACGCAGAACCAGCCCAACCGACUCAGGGCAAGGAAGACGAGGUUGACAAGCAGGGUAGAAACAAACACAAGGACAGACAAGAGACUGACGGGGAAACAGCAGUCUACGGUCUACAGGAGGUGCUGAAGAAAGAUUAA